CGGUUAUACUUUAUAUUGUCAAAUAUACAACAUCUGGAGCCUUAUUAUCUAUCGCGGUGUCGCUGAUUCUUGACUUCAUGUAUGGCCCGUCGACCCACCCCACCUCAUUCAAAGACUUCUUUUCACCCACCCAAUGACCCUGCAACUUAUCGCGACUUGCUCCUGUUUGAAGAGCGAUUAAAGACAAAUGCUGCAAAUUUGCAACGUAGAAAGUCUCGUUAUCAGUUAUUUCUAGGACAACUUAUACUCGUUAUUGGAUUCUUACUUUCGGAGGUUCUCUUGCAGACCGCCUUCCUUACUAUGCCUUACAAGCUCGUGCUUCAGAAGGCUCUACCGGAGAUCUACACUGUCGACAAAGAGGUCACCCCUCAUCCGCACCUUGCGUCAGGUUUACUAUUCGUAUCUGUGACCACUCUAGUCUUGUUCUUUGCUAGUGGUAUGUAUUCUGAAAAAAUCGCGUACGCUAAUCGAUAUGUUCCUCACGCUAACAAAGCUUUGCGAAAUUUUAACAUGUAUUUAAACAUGCGCACACCUUCGUUACGCUCAAAAAUCUCCUUCAACCCGCUGUCGUUUCUAUUUCCUCGACCUGCACCAAUUCCACCCGACUCUGGAUCCAGGCAGCACUCUCCCACCCGAGCAAACGUCGAGCGGAACUCGUCUAUCCCCAUUUCUCCUAUACCUCCGUCAAGCAAUCCGCGUGGUGAACUCAUAUUCUCCUCUCGAGUGGAUCGCCCGUUUCGUGAGUCGUACGAGCGUUACCGUUCCGCAUUUGAGCGGAAACGGGACGAGCGCGAGCGGACGGCUGCAUCCAAAACAUGGAUCGGAUGGAUUCGUUUAAAGAUGCCUUGGAAUAAAGGCUAUCCUCCGCCAGCGAUGUAUCCCGCAGGAACAACCCCAUUGCGCACACCGUCGUCCUCGUUGAGAGGGCGGGCCUCUGGAAGUUCAGGACCAACGCCCACCUCGUCUAGGCGGUCGAGUCCAAUGCCUGGCAGCUCAAGGAGUAGGACGCCUCCUACCCGUCCGCCUUUUCCGGGAGGAGCUCGCAACGAGGGCAGAGGCAGUGAAUAAAAUGCCUAGGGCUGGAAGGGUGAUGAGUCAUUGCCGUCUACGGUUUUUCAUAAGGGCCCAGGUCUCAAAGCAUGCGAUCCGCACGAUUUUCAUGCCUAGCCUUUCCUUUGCUGCGUAGGUUACGGCCAAGUAUUGUGAAAGAUGCGGAUAAUAAAGAACUGGGGUAUUGGUGAAUCCUUGGUCCGAAUCUCACUAUACACGGACAAUGGAUCCGCAGACAGUGUAGGAGUCGCAUUC